GACCUGACAUGACCUGACCUGCAGGUAAGAGGAAGGUCUCCCCUUAUCUGUUUUAUUUUUAUCACUGUACACUGUAGCCCGACGCAGUUUGAAAUCAGUGAGAUUCGCUCUGUCCUGAUUGCCAGUGGUCACAACGCCAGUCUAGUGUAUUUGGAGGACAGGAGCUAGUCUUGUUUUUACACCAUGAAGCUCGGAAUCCUGCUUUUGUGUCUGCACAUAACUCUGGUAGUAGCACAAAGCACUGAAGAUGAAGGAUAUACAUUCUGCGAUAUUCCUCCCGCUAAACUUAUGGGAGCUACCUCACUGACCUGCACAUUUCCUGAGGACAUCAGUCUGUCCAAGAAAGACUUCUCUGUCGUGCAUGUAAACAGCACUGGAAAACCAAUUCUUGACUGCUUGUGGGUAAAAGGAAACUUGGAAUGUUUCGACACCAAUGGCUAUGUGUUCAACAAAAUGGUCAACAACACACUGACUAUUGAGAUACUCAAAACAUUUUCCAACAUGACUGGUUUAUAUUAUUGUAAAACUUCUACCAGCAGCAGCAAAGAUGUGAAAUACUGUGAGCUAGAAAUACUCAUGGAUUAUGCAUAUCCUACUCAAAAAAUUGUACAUAUCGUGAUUGGAAUUUCGGUGGGACUGAUGGGUAUAGGGGCGAUAAUAGCUUUAGUAAUUCUAUUCACACUGAGACGUAGAAGGCAACACAUUGACCACAAUUCAACAAUGGAAGCCAGGCCUAUGCUUGACAGAACAACAAAUCUUAAUCCAAACAGAAGGAGAGAAGAAGUAACAAGAAAGCUUCAAGAACAUUUGGCAAAUAAAACCAAAGAAAUGUACCAGAACAUAUUAGACACCUUCUAUUUUGUGCCUCCGGUCUACUUCAACAAAGUCAAAUACACAAAACAAUCUGUGGCCAAUCAAGAAGUUUACAACCCUGACCUCCCUGACAGCAAUGAAGUGAGACAUGACCUCGCCAUGCGGCACGUGCUUCACUGCUUACGUCACGUGGCAGAACGCGGACAGGAAAAAAUGUUUGUCUUAACACAAUUUGAGUACAAAGACUAUUUAAAUAAUGUCAGCAAUGACUAUAAGGACCACACCUUGCCUGUUGUCACUAGUCUGCAACAGGAGGACGAGAACAGUGCUUCUGUCGACUUUCUUAUCAUUCAUCGACGCCAUGGCGUCUUUGCUGGGGUGGUCAAAGUUCUCACAGACCAAGAAGAAAAUGGAGGAGAUGUAGGCACUAGCGAUGUGGUAGACGAAGUAUCCAAUGCCCUCUUGAAAUUCCAGAAGACAUGUGACGUUGUGUCCCAUCUAAUGUCAGAUCAGCACGAAGGUCUGAAGAUAAGACAACUCUUGGUCGUGUUCAACAUUAAACAGUCAACUUUUCAAAAGUCCCUCACCACUCAAACAGAAUUGCUUGAGAAACUAAAGAUGUGCUGGCCCAUAUGCCUCGGGCAGCUGUCGGACCAGAACCUCCAUCAGGGUGUUGGUCCUACAUCAUUAACUCAGUUUGAAAAACUCUGGGAGCGUGUAAAUACUCAGAAACAGGACAUUUACAGAAUGAACGACGAACUUUAUUUAACCAUCAUAGCGAGAUUUUGUGGACCUGCCACUAUUUCUAGUCUUUCGUGUGAGUCAACUCAGCCAAGUGAGUCAUUUUCCUACCAGUUACCUAAAACUCUGGACCAAGCAGUGUCCCUGACCGGUGAUAUGUUUGAGCGAUUCACCCUGUAUCCGGGUAUGACAGACCUGCUUGACAAACCUCGGAUCUGUCUGGCUGGACCACCUGGAACUGGAAAAUCCAAAAUGCUGUCUUUAGUUGCACAAAAAUGGAUAUCUGAGGGUCAUGAUGUCAGAAUAAUUUACUCCUCACCGGAUGAUAUUGUUGCAGUCAAUGAGUUCAGAAAGCGACUAAACAGCAUAAAUCCAUCACAAAUUCAAAUUGUCUGCCACGUGCAGGAGGGCAAGGUCAAGAAUACCAUUGAGAUUCUCAAGGAAAGUGCAGAGAAUCAUCCUGUCUUUGCUAUUUUAGAUGAAAUUGAUUUUCAAAAGUUGAGAGGGAAAAGCUUAGUGACUCUUCUUUCAAAACUUGGUAAUUCAAGGAACCUGCACGUGUGGAUGGCUGGCUGCACUACUGAGCACCUGGAUAUCAAAAAUCCCGAACUAAGCUUGCUUACAGUUGCACUCACUUGCCCCCCGUCAAUACUGAGACAAGCUCAGCAGGAAGAUGUUGCCUUUCUAAACCAAUACAGGGACAGUGAACACCCGGCUCCCACGGAAGGUCCACCAGUGAAGAACAUUUACCACGUCGGUGAUGGACACUCAUUAGAAGAGCAGCCCCAUGGGUGUAAGUGCUGUGCGAACUAUAUAUCAGACUUUUUGACACAAACACUUCGUACUGGUGCUGAUGAUCAAAACAACACCGCCGUCUCACAAGAAACAAACCUACAAACCUUGAAACAAGUUUCCCGUCUGAAAUACAGCGAUGUUUUGAUUCUGUUUGAAUGUGAUGUGAAUAAAGACACACCGAUGGUGAAAUCUCUCCAGACCUCAGGUAUCCAGAUGAAUAUAAUCAGCAAUACUGAGCAGAAUUAUACUAUUGAGGAUGACACCGACAUCACUUUCGUAGCAAAAGCUGGUCAACUUCUCGGACUUAAAAGAAAAGUCGUGGUGUAUGUAAAGGGUGGUGUGGACAUGGAUGAUGCCAGUGCCAGGUGGAACAGAGUUCGCGGCUUCACAAGCUGCACCUCACAGCUGGUCCUGGUCUCUACACCUCAGUCUUGAAGGUUUUGGCAUUCUUUAAACCCACAUCUGUCAGCUGCUAAACAGAAAACUGCACGAUGAUGUGAUAAAUAUUUUACAUACUAUUAAGUGAUCAUUAAAGGUAUUUAGUUUCUGUUUCUUUGCAGUAUAAGGAAUUUUUUUUACUUCGUACGGUAUAUACAGUGAUAUAAAUGAUCCAAAGUGACAUUAAUUUGUGGUUUAAUUUCAGCUUUAAAGUUUAUGUAAAAAAAACUGUUCAGUUUUUUAUAUGUACCCUUACUUUUUUUGUACCUAAAAUGGCUUAGAUCAGACAACUGCCAUUUUCUGUAUUUAAACUGGACAUCAUUUUUAACAUGACAACAAAGUCAUUUUAUACCGACAUAAAUGCAUUUAAAGUAAAAGUUAUUAAACACUUUGUGUUAAUUAAAAGGGGCAAAUAAAAUUGUAUCUGGCAGGAAAGUUGGCCUGUGUAUAAUUCCGUG